UCCAAAAUCGGGCAUUUGCAAUCCGCAUUCAACCCAAACCCGUUGUCAUGGGCGAAGAGAAUAAGAAGGAUUCCCAAUUCAUCCCGCUCGAAGUUCUCUCGUCUCCGUCUCUAGAAGAGAUACCUUCAUCAGUAUGGAAAACAUUUCAUUUUGUCCAUAUCGGACAAGCAUUAACGGUACAUGGUCCAAUGUACAGACCACCCAAUUCUCCGAACCCCUGACGUUCCAGGGGGCUGUUAAGACUACCCAGCUUACAGAACCCGUGACAUUUACUGGUACCUCAAAGGAUCUAGAGCUUCUUGAAGCAUGCAAGGAAAAGCCCGAGGAUCCUGAUGGGGGAAAUAUUUCAGCCGGCGAAUCUGAACAAUACCUCGACCCUGAAGCUGGAGAUAAAAUGAAGGACGAGAUAGUCGAAGAUAGCCCAAGUGAGCCGGCUCCGGCCAGCAGUACAGAUGUUGAGAAAGAGGAGGUCAAUACAGGCAUAACUGAUGGAGGCAAAACAAACGAGGAGGAAGAUAAAACCGAGGCGGAGAAGGGCGAUUCACAACCUACGGAAGAUGACAACUCCCAGCCUGCACAAUCUGAAGUUGUAGAGGCUCCGCCGCCCGAGGUGGAAGAGGGACUAUCGGUUGAUCCUGCUUCUGUCGAAACUCCGUUCCAGUCAAAGCCAGGGGGGAAGAAGGCCAAGAAAAAAGAAUCCAAGAAAGAGAAGGCUCUGAGGGAGAAGGCUGCCAAGGCCGCCAAGGCUGAGGAGGAAGAGAAGGCUCUGAGAGAGAAGGCCGCCAAGGCUGAACAAGAAGAGAAGGCUGAGAAGGACGAGGAGGACGAGGAGGCCCCAGAACCAGUGAAGCCUGCUAAACAAGGCAAGAAAGACAAGAAAAACAAAGGGAAAGGGAAAGUUGCAACGCCUGACCCAUCUGAGACCGGCCAAUCUACGGAUGAAAAUCCACCUACCGUUAGCGAGCCAACACCACCACCCUCAGAGCCCGAGGGUGAUGGCCCAGCAGCCACUGAAGAGGCUUCAGAGCCCGCGCCGCAAUCUCGAGAAAUACCGAGCGAUACUCCUGUCGAAGACGAAUCACCUUCCGAGCCUAUACCUCCCACUGAGUCCGUUGAGACGAACGAACCACCCGCCGAGGAUGCACCCGUGGAGGAUGCACCCGUGGAGGAUGCACCCGUGGAGGAUGCACCCACCGAUGAUACACCGCCAAUCAAUUCUUCUGUCGAGAGUGCAGCACUGGAGGAGGUUGACUCUGCCAAACAUGCCGAAGAAACACCUGUUGAGGAUGCUUCAAAGUCUGAAGGAGCUAGCGAAGAGGCAACCCCGGCCAGUGAAUCACUAGAGGAUCCUCCUCCGGUAGUCGAAGAGGAUGCCAAGACAGACGAGUCCGGGAACGAGACCUCAGCAGCUCCUAUUGACGAACCUUCACCUGUUGAUAAUGAGCCACCUGCAGUUAUCGAGGGAAUCAAGGAAAAUGAAGCAGUUGCCGACAGCGACAAUCCAGCUGAGAGCGACGCUGUCGUAGGAACUGAUGGAUCGGCUGAGACAGCUACCGAUGGGGAGGCCCCUGCUGACCCAACCCCCGAGCCGGCACCUACCGAGGAGGCUGCUACUGAAGAGGCUGCUACCGAAGAAACUGCUACUCAAGAAGGUGAACCAACACCGGAGCCAGCACCUACAGAAGAGGCCGCUCCUGCUGAAGAGGCCGCUCCUGCUGAAGAGGCCGCUCCUGCUGAAGAGGCCGCAGCAGGAGCCUCUUCGGUAGCAGCCUCUUCGGUAGCAGCCUCUUCAGCAGCAGCCUCUUCAGCAGGAGCCUCUUCAGCAGGAGCCUCUUCAGCAGGAGCGGCUUCUUCAGCAGGAGCCUCUUCGGUAGCAGCCUCUUCAGCAGGAGCCUCUUCGGUAGCAGCCUCUUCGGUAGCAGCCUCUUCGGUAGCGGCCUCUUCAGCAGGAGCCUCUUCAGCAGGAGCCUCUUCAGCAGGAGCAGCCUCUUCAGCAGGAGCAGCCUCUUCAGUAGGAGCCUCUUCAGCAGGAGCCUCUUCAACAGGAGCCUCUUCAGCAGGAGAAGAGGCCGCUCCCGCUGAAGAGGCUGCUACCGAAGAGGCUGCUACCGAAGAGGCUCCUGCUGAAGAGGCCGCUCCCGCUGAAGAGGCUGCUACCGAAGAGGCUGCUACCGAAGAGGAGACACCUGCUGAGGAAGCUCCUGCUGAAGAGGUUGCUGGAGAUACUCCUGCUGAGGAUGCGGCCGUCAAAGAAGAACCUGCCGAAGAGGAGACGCCUGCCGAAGAGGCACCUGCUGAGGACGCACCUGCUGAAGAGGCUCCUGCUGAAGAGGCACCUGCUGAGGAAGCCCCUGCUGAUGAAGCUCCUGCUGAAGAGGCACCUGCUGAGGAUGCGGCCGUUCAAGAGGUCGCCGAAGAGGCUCCUGCUGAAGAGGAGACGCCUGCCGAAGAGGCGACACCUGCCGAAGAGGAGACACCUGCUGAGGAAGCUCCUGCUGAAGAACCUGUUGAGAAAGCUCCUGCCGAGGAAUCUGUUGAAGAGGCUGUUGCCGAGGAAGCUCCCGCUGAAGAGACCCCUGCUGAUGAAGCUCCUGCUACUGAGGAAGCUUCUGCUGAGAAAGCUCCUGACGAGGAAGCUCCUGCUGAAGAACCUGUUGAAGAGGCUGUUGCCGAGGAAGCUCCUGCUGAAGAGACACCUGCUGAUGAAGCUCCUGCAACUAAGGAAUCCCCUGCUGAAGAGGCUGUUGCUGAGGAAGCUCUUGCUGAGGAACCUGCUGCUGAGGAACCUGCUGCUGAGGAACCUGCUGCUGAGGAACCUGCUGCUGAGGAACCUGCUGCUGAGGAACCUGCUGCUGAGGAACCUGCUGCUGAGGAACCUGCUGAUGAAGUGGUCCCUGCGGAGGAGAUUGUUGUUGAAGAGAGCGAACCAAUUCCCGAGUCCACGCCCACUGACAAGGCAGUCGCCACCGACUUAGAGGCGUCUCAAGAUGAAGAAUUGGGGGAGGAGGAUCUGUCGAAAAGCGAGGAGAACGUUGAAAGUGUCCUCCCUGUUGAAGAUUCAAUUCCUACUACUGAAAUCGCACUAGCAGCAGCAGCCGCCGCAGCAGGGGUCGUUGCAGUCGAGUCAGCCCGCGAUAAGGAAGUUCUCCCAGAGGUGUCUGAAGUGCCUGCAUCUCUUGAUGCUCCGCGAUCACCCAAAUCCGACAAGCACUCUAAAGGACAUAGAUCUUCAAAACACUCCUCUCGCUCGAGUCAUCACAGUUCAAGUAAGAGUAGUUCAACGGUAGAUACCCCUCGUUCGCAUUCCCAUCGAAAACGCCGGGAUAGUGAGCAUUCUCAUAAACCUGUUCGCUACGAUAGCGGUGUCAGUGCCGGGAGCACCAGUUCACAUACAAAGAAGCAUCGAACGCCGGAAGAGCAAGCCGCACACGACAAACAUAAAGAAGAACGCCGAGCUGCAAGAGCCAAGGCCGCUUCUUCCGAAAGCGCUGUGACUGACGAAACGGCUUCCCAUGCCGUGUCUCGUAGCUCCAAGUCCAGCCGCUCCAGAGAUGAAGGCGACAAGCGACCCAGAUUACUCGAUAUAAAGCAAGGCGAAAGUGUUGUCAAGUCACCCUUCGUUGUAAAUGACGAGCCGCACAUUAAGGAGACUGUCAAGAAAAGCGUGAGGCUGCCUCCCAUGGAUAAGAUACGCUCCCCAACGGAUGGUGAGAAGCGGCAACUUGCGGAUCGAAAGCAUUCGACUCAUCACCACUCCCAUUCACAUCGAAGCCAGAGCGACAGGGAGAGACAUAGGACGGAGGAGGAGAAGGAGGCUAGAAGAAUCAGGAAAGAGGCGGAGAAACACGCGAUUAUUGCGAGGGAGGAGGUAGCCGAAGAAGCGAGACGACAGAGGGAGAUUGACGACGAGAAAAAGAGGAUCCGACGCGAAGAAAGACGGAAGAGAAGAGAAGCGGAGGAACGGGCCGCUGAUGAAGAGAAUAGGAGGGAGAGAGAACGCCAUCAUGGUCAUAGAGAGCAUGACCAUGGCCAUAGAAGGUCGAGGGAUCUGAAGGAGAAAGAGAAGGAGAAGGAUAAGUCGCCUCUGAAAACUUUCUUGAAGAAGGUAUUUGCUUAGUUCCCUGUCGAUACGUUGGUGCAACUGCUUGGUAUGAGGUAUGAUGCGGUAUGAUAGUGUUUUUGGAAAGUGAUG